AUGAGCUACACGCCAGCUAAAGUGGUUGCGGUAUUUCUUGCCCAAUUCGAUGUGAAGAAGGGUUACACAAUGGUAUGGCAGAAGAGCCAAGAUCCACAUCUCGUUAUGGAGGGACUCGAUUAUAAGGUUUUGCCUCUGGGAAUUCAUGAAUUUGAGAAGACUAGUGUAGUCUUCUCCGUGGAGAAAACGAAGCACAAAGGUCAAUUCUACUAUGGGGUAGCCCGAUUUCAACAACUGAUUGUGGAUAACGACACUAGUGAUCGCAAGAAUGUGUUGAUGUACCUGUUAGGUGUGGUCUGUGAUCCCCACUCCACACAAUGGCAACCCAAUCAGUUUAUUGAGAUGGGCUGGGAAUACAUUGAUGUUUUGAGUGGAGCUGUGAGCAAGUUCGAACAUGAUCGUGAUCAUCAAGAGUUGGACAGGGUGUAUGAUAAAUUGACUGGUUUGACGUUACCUGGUCAAAAUCUAGAUCUUGCCAAGACCGCUGUUAAGCACCAUAUGUUGACACAACUUCCUAAUUUCAUAUCGAAGGUUGGUCCAUUGGUGUUUCCCUUAUUCAAGCACGCGUUGUUGCGACAUCAAAUUCUUUUCUUCAAUAAUGAAAAUCAUCAACGGCCUGGGAAUGAUUAUUUUCUGAUAUACGCUUAUGACUAUAUUCUUUCCUUGAUUAGUGUUGUUCCCCAUGACGUGAAAGCUGUCGGUCAGUCUGUUGAAGCUUAUUACCUGCCUCCCUUAUAUAACGUUGGGCUUAAUCAAGAGUUCUGGCACGUCCCUGGGUAUAUUGCUACCACCAACGAUGACAUUUUGAUGUAUAAUAAGAGUGCAAGUGAUGUUGUUGUUCUUCUCAAUGGAAAUGAACACGCACUGAUGUACUUGCUGAAAGACACAACUGGAAAUCAAUUGGGACCUGUGCAGCGCGCUCUGAGACGUGAUAGAAGCAAGUUGCGUCGACUCGUAGCAUGUUCUGAACCCGCUGAAUCAAACUUGUCCAACACCGAUGACUUGAGACUGAUUCAUUCACUUAUGAGUUCUUAUGAUGAAAAUGACACCGAGCUUCAGGUGGUCGGACGAUUCCCGUGUCUGGAUAAAAGUGAACCGGCGUGGUGGCUAUUAGAAGCAUGUCACCCUAUGCUGUGGCGUGAACUGUUGUGGCAGGCUUGGAGUUGGUUUGCGCUGGCGGGCCGUGGCGUUAACGAUGGUGACGAUGAGCGUGGAUCUGAAGACGGAGAAGUGGGGUGUUCAGUUGACUUUUUGCAAUUAGUUGCCGUAGUGGGCUACUUUCAUGGGCUUACUCGUCGAUACUUCGCUUUGAUUAAUGAGAUUAUUACUGAACAAUUGUCACUGGAGGGUAUUGACUCAGUAAGCCAACUUCAAAACAAGAUUUCAAUAACCGUGACAUAUCAAGAUCUCAUAGAUAUGGAUCUUGACCCGUAUUCCAAUGAUGACCACGAAUUCAUAGAGAACUUUGUGCUCAAAUAUUUUAGCCAUGUCGUCAGCGAGGUUGAGGUUGGUAUGGUUUUCGCUAAUAUCUGUUGCUGA